UGUUGACUUUAGUAAGUAAAUGAUAAAUAAUCAGUUUAUCAUGAUAUAUCAACCUAGAGUAAUGUUUCUUUCUGUCUGUUUCCUUUUCAUUACACAAGGAAUGUGUAAAAGUUUUCUCAUUGAAACUAUUGACGAUCCUGAACCAUUUGAACCGUACGAAGCACCAGCAGUACCCUAUGGUGCCGACUCACCCAGUGCCGAUGUUUCAGCGGCAGCUUCAAAAGGUAAACGAGGAAAUGGAACCGAUUAUCAAUUAAUUCCGAGGUUUACUUUGCCUCCACUACAAACGAAGUUCGGAACUAACCCCCCUCCAACUAUAAAUCCAAAUGAUGCAGUGUUCACUUUUCUUAGAGAUUAAAGUUUGCAGUAGCAUAUUGGGUCCUUCAUAUAUUUUUUCUAUUGUAAAUACAAAUAUCAAAAUUUUAAAAAA